AUGCCCAAGAUGGCUCAUGCAUACGCCAAACUCCCUGAAAUUGACUCUUGUGAAGGCAUGUUGCCCCAAGGCCGCGGACGUGACUCGAGGCUUCAAACUUUCGGCGCGCGGAACUAUCUUUUCUGGGUUGCCUUCAUUACCUCUUUCUUGGUCAACAUUAGAUUUGCGUGGUUGCAGUAUUUUUCUACGCCUCUGGCUCUAGACGUACAGUUUGGAUUAUACUCACCCGCUCAAUCUGCCAUCAAGCAUGAGCUGGUCAAAUUCUCACGUGGAAUUAAUGAAGAUGUUCAAAUCUACGAACGACAGCCCUCAAAAGCGGUCGACGACGCAUGGGCCGCUCUCUACGCCCACGCCGAAAUCCGCAUCCCGAAAUCUGAGGCAGCAAAACUGCCCAACGCAACCUGGCCCAUCCACAACGAUCCAGGCUACUACUUGAUUUCUCUAGAGGUCUUUCACCAACUGCAUUGUCUGGACAUGAUACGGCAGCAACUUCAUCCAGGGCAUGGCUACCCGCACAUUCCCAACACCCACAUUCGACACUGCAUCGGGGCCAUUCGACAGGCGCUGAUGUGUCAUGGAGACACUACCGCUGUUGUGAUGCAAUGGUCGGAGGAGGCAGCCGAAGCCAUAGAGGUCGACGAUAUAGUGCAUCACUGUCGGGACUAUGGAGCUAUUCAGGGCUGGGCAAAGAUGAAUAGGAUGCGGUCCCCUCGCCCCAAUCUAACCAUAUACGUGGAGCCCGAGUUGGAUAUUGCUAGCUUCUAG